UUGUUUUUGUGCCUGUCCCUGUGUUGUACAACCUACAUGCCUACGUAGGAUUCGCGUAUAGUAGAACGGACGAUGAUUCCUCUGUAUAUUGUUUGUGGGACCUGUUAAGCUCGUGAUUAGCAAGUUGGAUUUGUGUAUAAACUCGUUUGUGAUCGUGGCCAAACUCUGGCGUCGGGGUUACGGCCCGUCGCUAAGUGAGUAAAGAAAUUAACCGCGAAUACAUGUGACGACGCGAUAGAUACAAAGUGCCGGUGGAUGGAUGCAUUAGGGAUCUUAAAUGCAGUGCGAAGUGGACUUUCGAACGAACAGAAUGUCUAGUGAUCACCCGCCGCCGCCGCCGCUACCCCCGACGACGACGACUACGACGACGACGACGACGACGACGAUGAUGAUUGCAGCUGAAGAAGACGUGGGCUAUAGAAGUGUCGAGAUAUCGUCCGCCUUCGCACAUAUACCUCAAAAAGACAUGGCCAGGGACACGCCGGGGGCCCCAAUGUCGAGGCCUAGGGAUCUAGCAUCGGCCGGAACUACGACUACCACCGUUACUUCCGGGGCUUUCCACGCGGCUGCUCCUGACUCGGCGGCCCUUCACGGACACGCGCUUCAGCAGAAGAUACUUCAGCUACAGCAGCAUCAUCAGCUCCAGCAGCAGAUCCUACGGCAACAGUACCACGCUCAGGAACGUCAGCUAGCCCAACUCCACGAGCAGCAAAUGCACCAACUUAGGCUUUGGGAGCAGCAAAAACAGCUCGAGGAGCAACGGGAGAAGAGGGAAAAGGAGAGGCUGGAAGCGCUAAGGAAAAAGGACAAACAUGAUCAUAGCGCCAUAGCGUCGACUGAGGUCAAGCAGCGGCUGCAGAGUUUCAUCGUGAACAAGAAACAAAGAGAAGCUGCAGCCGCUGCAAAUGGCGCAGUUCCAGGCACACCCGGAUACAGGAGCUGGUUGCAGCCCCAAUCGGAAUCCUCGAGCACUACAAACGCUUCGCAUCCCUACAGAAUGCCGCAAUUGCUGCAAGACAAAUUUAGCGAUGAUUUCCCCUUACGAAAAACAGCCUCGGAGCCAAACCUGCUCAAGGUGCGACUUAAGCAACGUGUCAUGGAAAGGAACAUGGCUGCACCAAGAAAUUCACCGCUGACCCGGCGCAAGGAUCGCCUCCUGUCCCACCUCAAGCGGAAAUCCCUCUUAGCAAAUUCUGGUAGCAAUCCUGAAUCCGGGCCUAAUUCACCACCGACAGUAAACAACUCGCAGGCGAGUCCUACCGCAGGCAGUAAUACUCCAAUACAAGAGGAGGGCGAAAACACAGCUUACGGUGGUCCAUUGACAAGUAGUAGUCAACAGGGAAGUUUAUCGGACCUUUCCUUAUUCAGUUCACCGUCCAUGCCUAACAUAUCAUUGGGCAGACCUCAUGUUCCAUCCAGCUCAGCAAGUGCGACAAAAUUGGCACCAGUCUCAGAAGCGGAAGUACGGGCAGCGUUCACUGCUCGUCUUGGUAUGCCAUUGACUGGACAGAUGUUGCCUGGUACUCUACCCUUCUAUCCAUCUCUGACUGUAAUCGAAGGUGAACCCACGUAUAUUCACAAGCAGAUGCAAAAUCUUGAACAAAAUCGUCAACAUCCGGUUUAUCAUGGAGCACCUAUAACAGAUACUCAAGUAGCACACGCAAGACUGCAUAAGGCUGGUCACCGGCCUUUAGGUAGUAGGACACAAUCAGCUCCGUUGCCACUUGGCCAUCCGAUGCUUCAAGGUGGAAUAAUAGCCCCCCCAACUCAUUACGAAGAGUACCUUGCGGAGAAACAACUCCAUGACCAACAACAAGCUCACAUUUUUUUAAAACAACAGAUUCGUCAAACCGUCCUAACCCGAGUCGGAUCCAGGGGUCAAUCGAACCAGCUUGACGAAGCGCCGGAGAGUGAAGAAUCCGAAGUUAUAGAUCUAACUGGCAAGAAAGAUCAGUCAGAAGAAAGUGAAAUUUCGAAACAGCAAAGGGAAAGAGAACAGUUCUUACAACAGCAACGUGACUUAAUGAUGCGCCAUACUCUUCAAGUUAAUGAAUCUCCGGCUUAUGCGGGAAGCCGAUCUUCACACUCAGCAAGGCCCUUGUCAAGAGCGCUUUCUAGUCCAUUGGUCCAUCUAGGGCCUCAGGGUGCUGGGGGAGAUGUCUUUGCUCGGGGAUCACCGCAUCGGCCGACUACAGGUCUUGCCUACGACCCGCUGAUGCUGAAGCACGCUUGUGUUUGCGGCGAAACAGUCAGGGGUCAUCCUGAGCAUGGUGGACGAUUGCAAAGUGUAUGGGCUAGACUUUCAGAAACAGCAUUGUUACAACGUUGCGAUCGUGUUCGAUCGCGCAAGGCCACCCUUGAGGAAAUACAAACUUGCCACAGUGAAGCACAUGCGCUUUUAUUUGGUACAAAUCCGCUUAAUAGGCAGAAACUCGAUAUGUCGAAGCUCUCUCAAUUACCCAUUAAGAGUUUUGUCCGACUUCCAUGCGGUGGUGUAGGAGUUGAUUCAGACACAACGUGGAAUGAAUUUCACACAGCUCCAGCGGCACGUAUGGCUGUCGGAUGUGUUGUGGACUUAGCAUUUAAAACUGCAAUGGGCGAUAUUAAGAAUGGUUUCGCAGUUGUCAGACCACCCGGUCAUCACGCUGAGACAAAUCAGGCUAUGGGAUUCUGUUUCUUCAAUUCCGUAGCCAUCGCGACAAGAUUACUACAGCAAAAGCUUGACACGCGGAAAAUAUUGAUCUUAGAUUGGGAUGUUCACCAUGGAAAUGGAACCCAGCAAAUGUUCUACGAUGACCCUCGUGUUUUGUACAUGUCUAUUCAUAGACACGACGAGGGUAAUUUCUUCCCAGGAACUGGAGGUCCCACAGAAUGUGGUGCAGGUGAAGGACUUGGCUACAAUGUCAACAUAGCCUGGUCUGGUGGGUUAAACCCGCCGAUGGGAGAUGCUGAGUACUUGGCUGCGUUUCGUACUGUUGUAAUGCCUAUUGCUAAGGACUUUGAUCCUGACAUAGUCAUUGUUUCGGCGGGUUUUGACGCAGCCAUAGGUCAUGCCGCACCCUUAGGAGGGUACAAAGUUAGCCCUGCAUGUUUUGGAAGAAUGACGCAAGAACUGCUAACUUUAGCUGAUGGAAAAGUUGUACUGGCCCUGGAGGGAGGCUAUGAUUUAGCUGCUAUAUGCGACUCUGCACAGGAGUGCGUCAGAGCCCUUCUUGGAGAUGAACCGACACCACUUCGUGAAGAGGAAUUGACAAGAGCUCCGUGCCAAAACGCUAUUGACACAUUGCAAAAGACUAUAGCAAUUCAAAUGUCGCAUUGGCCAUGCGUCAAAUUGGCCGCGCACACAGUGGGGAUGAGUGUGAUUGAGUCAAGUCAAAAAGAGCGUGACGAAACCGACACAGUUUCCGCGAUGGCCUCUCUUUCUAUGCAGCAGCCGACCAAUCUCACAACUACACCAGAACAUUCCCGCGAAGUCUCCGAAGAACCAAUGGAGCAGGAUGAAGCUAAGUGAAACAGGUAUCGACAAAGACCAAUGAGUUAUGAAUAACUGCAUAAUAGCGGGUUCGUUACCGAGCCAUGGUACGCUAUUGCCUUGUCUUCAAAUCCGUCAAAGUAUCUUCAUCCAAACGUAUAAAUAACGAUGAUUCGUUCCUUCGGCGGAAUGCAGGGUUUGUCAAAGGUAUAGGCUGUUUCAAUGUGAAACUCUAAGGUAUUGAAAUAUUAAAUGAAACCUAGAUAAAAGUACGUGCAUGAAGUAAUUCGUCAGACAAGCGUUUUGGUAGCUUGUCUCUAAAGUUGAUAGGUGAACGUGGCUGAGCUACGGAUUUGUUCAAAUGCACGGUGUUAGAUAGUCUAGGUAUGAAUAAAUAUUUGUUAUGUUGUUGAGAAGUGUACUAUUUUGGGGUAAUAUUGGGACUUUCUGCUCGACGCAGUUACAUGCAUAUGCAUACAUACGCAAUGAAUGUGUGUGAAUGUCCUAUUAGGUAGAACAAUUUAUUCACGGAAGAGUUGGGAGUUUCAUACCAUAACAUAAUCUGCGGUUGAAAAAUAUUUUGAGAAGGCAGAGAGCGUGAGAAAACCAAGUGACUAUGGUACUUAUCGCAAUGUUUCGUCAAUCCUAUUUAAUUCGUUUCAUUAUUAGUCGUAACUUGCGUGGAAAUAAUGGAAUAAUUUGUAAUUGUUAUCUUAAGUAUUAAAAAUUGGCAUAGAAAAUUGUUCCAUAGUGGUGUUUCUUGUUCUUGAAAAAGUUACAUGCAGUCCACAUUGAUCAAUAUCAAAAUUAAACCGCGAUAUUUCGACGACUUUCCAAUUGCUCGAAAAGUAUUUUGUAAAAACGAAUCAAUAUUUUUAUUCGGACAAAAACUGUUGAAUUAGUGUCUUGCUAGCAGACAACGAAUGUUUUUUGAAAUAUAAUUUGACUUAGAAGUAAUUCAAAUUCAUGGACCAAUAAUGGAGUUGAAUAUGAUCGAAUAAAUUUUCACCACGUUAUACACUGACUAUAGAAACACAAUUUUAAUAACAACUGUGGAUGGGAUGUAUACAGAUAAAACCCCAGUCUUUUGAUGUUUGUAUUCUUGAAUAUCGAAUCAUUGUAGUUAUGAGAUAAUACAAGAAAUAAAUGUAUGCAAAACUUCAGUCUGAGAAGAAGGACAUGCAUAAAUUUAUAAAAGA